AUGCCACUAUUGACUGAACCCUAUAAGAUCACCUUGUUGCCUAGGACAUUGGGCCUCACUUCACAAGACAGAGUAGCCAUAGCUGACAUCAAAGACCCAUACACAGCUUUCUUACAUGUUGGUAUUUCCUCAUCUUCGAUUUCUACAUUUCUAUUAAAGCCAUCUCCAAAACUAUAUUGGUCUUAUUCUUUGCCCUUGGGUGUUACUGUUCAUUCAUUGACAUGCUUCGAAAAAAACCCACAAAGCAAGUUUUUUGUUGCUGGUCUAUCUAAUGGAAAAAAAAACUACUUGCAACUUAUUUCAAUUUCCAAAUCUGAAAAGUCGCAUAUAACCAACAACCCCCAAAGCGAUUUUGAGAUGGAAAUUGAUGGUGAAAACGAUUCAAGUAAUAAUAGCAAUAAGAAUUAUGAUUUAGUUGAAUACAAAAUCACAUUAAAUUCUAAACCAAUAACAGUUCAUUUUUCUUCUAAUGGUCUAUUUGUUUACACACUCUUAGCUAAUGGAAACUUGUUAUGUUUUAAUUUUAAUGAUAGAUCACAGAUUUGGUCAUUAUCCUGUAAGAGCAGUAAUGCAAGUGAAAUAUUACACUAUAAAUUUUUUUCAAGCAGUCAAUUAAUUUCCACUGCAAAUAAGACUGAAAAAAAUACUUUGAUUUUAAUUGUGGAAUUUAAUAGAGAUCUCAAAAAAUUAAUUGCAAGAAUAGUAUUAAUAAAGAAUGAAGAGGCAUUAGAAAUCUCAAAUAAAAUUUUUGGCAAAUCAGAUGCUUCAAUUAUUGAAAAUUCCAGAUUUGAAUUUAAUAAUGGAACCUUAUAUCAGUUUUCAAAGCAAGAGAAAAGUUUAGUUCUUUAUUCAUUAACCAGUUUUGAAAAGAUAAAAUCUAUUGAUUUGUCACUAUUAUUCAGGCAUGCAAAAUCCGUAAAUAACGGGAGUAUAAAUGAGUUUGCACUAGCAUUUGCUGCACCUUCAAGAUUAUUAUUAACUAUAGAAAAUUGUAUAUAUCUUAUUGAUGCAAACUAUGAGAGUAUUUUGAAUUUUUUCAUAUCAACCAACCUGACAAAUUUUAACAACUUAUACUGUUGUCCAGUUGAUGGUAGUUCUCUUUAUAAUUCAAAAAGUUUUUCAAUUCUUUUAUCAUUCAAUAAAAAUAAUAACAAUUAUUUCUUGGAGUAUAUGAGCAUUAAUGUUGGAUUGGGCAAAUUAAUUGAAUCAUUGAAUAAAAGUAUUUCCAAUGUUUAUUAUCAAUAUUUUUUAAAAAAGAAAAAUCAAAAAUCAAUUUCCACUAAUAUAGAUAUUUCAGAUAUCAAUAAUAACAGCAAUAGUAACAACAAUAUUCAAGGAAUUGUUAUUGAAAUUGAUAGUGAAGAAGAAAAGCAAAUUCAACGGGAGAAAGACAAAUAUGAUAAUGAAGAAAAAGAAAACAAUUUAUUACCAAUACUAAUCGGAAAAUAUAAAUACGAUAGAGUAGCCAAUAUAAAUAAAUCAAUCGAAGACCAAAGGAGAACUAAUAAAAUUGAAAUUGAUAAUUUUUUAAACAGAUUGAAAAAAGCUGCAAAUCAGAAAGAUGUAGAUGGAUUUGAUUUGAUUUUCCUCAAAUUUAUGAAAAAUUUACCAGUUGAAGAGAAAUUAGUUAAGAUAGAUGAUGAAUUUUUAGUUUAUAAAGAUGAAGAAGAUAGAACAAUUAGUAAAUAUUUUAUUAAUAGAGUUGUUGAAAUAAUAUUUGAUAUUAAUAAGGAUGGAAAAUUAAAGAUUAGAGAGACCUUCUUGCCAGAAAAUUCUAUCAUUUACUUAUUAAAUCAUCCAUUGUUCCCAAUAAAAUAUUCUAACGAGGGAUUGUUAAGAAUUUUUUUAAACUAUCCUCGAUUACUAAGACAGACAUUAAUAACAUGUCCAGUUUUAUCAUGCAAGGAUUUAUUGAUUUUAUUGGGAAUAAUAUCUAAAUUAAAUUUUGCAGAAAAAUUGGAUAAUGAGGUUAAGAAUUUACAAAUUGAGAUUUUUAUUGAUUGUAUUUCAAGAAUAAUAAAUGAUUAUCCGAGGGAUACUAUUACUCGAGUUAUUAGUGAGUUGGUUAAUAAUGAUAUUGAUGAAGAUGGGAAUAUUGUUGUCGAUAAUAUUGUUAGUAGUAAUAACAAUAAGAAAGUCAAGGAUAAUGGAGAUAACCGAAAAUUUCGAAUUGAGACUAUAUUAUUGAAUAUAAUUGAGUUGAAUGAGGGACAUGAGUUAUUAAUCAAUUUGAUUGACUGUGAAGGGCUAUUGUUUGAUUUAAGUUUUACAAAUAAAGAAAAACGAGAGUUUAUAAGGAUUUUCAAAAAGGAAAAUAUUAUUGAGAUUGAUGAGAACAGGUUGAGAGUUGAAGAUAGUAAAUCUAAUCGAAAUGAUAAUACUAUUAGUAAUAAUAAUAAAAAUAAUAAUAAUAAUAAUAAUAAUAAUAAUAAUAAUAAUAAUAAUAAUAAUAAUAAUAAUUACAGUAAAAAUGAAGAAGAAAGCUAUUUGGUUGAUAUAUUAAUUGAGUAUUGUAAAUUUAAAGUCAAUGCGAUAAUUAAAUCAACAGAAUUAUUAUCGAUAACUGAUUCAAUAAUUGAUACAUAUGAAAAGGUUAAACUAAAUGAAAAGAAUUUAUUAAAAUAUGGAACUGGGAAUACUAGUAAUACUAGUAAUAGUAAGAAUAAUAAGAGUGGUCAGAGUAGCAAGAAUCAAGGCAAAACUAAUAAGAAUGUUAAAAAUGCUAAGAAUAAGAAUAGUAAGAAUGUUAAUAGUAAAAAUAAGAGCAAUAAAAAUCAAAAUCAAAAUCAGAAUUUUAAUAAAAAUAAGCAGAAUCUAAAUAAUAAUAUUAUUAAAUCUGGCACAAGAAUUGAAAGAAGCAAUAAAAAUGAGAGUGAAUUCCUUGAAUCAUUAUUUGAUAUCGAUGAAUAUAAUAAGAUUGCCAAUAAGAAAGAAAAUGAGAGUGGUGUUACUACUAUACCAUUGUAUUCUAUUGAGAAAUUGAUUUUUUAA